CCGAAUUGAAAUCAUUUUCGUUAAUGGGAUUGUCGAACUCUGAGAUGUUUUUCUCUGAGAAAGAUCUGAAUCCCAUGGAUUUCAAUUUCCUUGUGAGAUCUGCAUUAGAACUUGGAGAUGACUGUGAAAUUGUACCCCAAGAGCUUCAUCAGGAAAAAGAAGUUGAAGAAGAAGAAAAGCAAGAAGACGAUUGCGAGAUAUCGGUGCCUACUUUGAAGAUAAAAUUGCCGUCUGUAGAAGCAUUCCAAAUUGAAGAUGAUAAAGAUGACGAUGAUGAUGGGUUCAAGACUCCAACUUCUUUGAAUCGCAAAAUUCCUGUCAUUUUUCAAUGUCCGCCCGCACCCAGAAAACCUAAAUCACUCCCAUCAGCCAAACGAAAAUCGCCUCAACGGGGAGUCUUACUUGAUCUGUCCAAUGAGAUCGAAUCCUUGUUUCCUCCGGCUCUUGCUGGGGAUCUUGGUGGCAAGAUUAAGAAAGUUAGACAAGAUAAUGACACCAAAUAAAUAAGAGGUUCUAUAUAUAAUUAUGUACUUUCGUGAAGUAAAAUUUAUAGUUACGUUUUUCUUAA